GACUGCAGUCUGCCGACAGUCGAGUUUCGUUCGCUCGCCAAAGAGGACCUUUCGUGGACCUCGUUUUACUAUCGAUAUAACUUACGAUACUUGUGUGAUCGCAUUCCUUUCACGUGUAAGCUAACAGUUUUGUAUAUUACUCUAAAUGGUUAUAAAAAGUUUUUGAUAUUCACGUCCCAGUCGGAGUCGAUUAAGUUAAGAUGGAUCGGUACAAAAAAGUCAAAAUAUAUAAGACUUUUCUUUUUCUUACCAUACUUGGAACAACGAGCGGACAAUUUGCAAAAGGUGCAAGCUUUCCAACGGAUGAUGACGUACCGAUGGUCACAGGUGAAGUAGAACGACGGGAAGAUGAUCAAGAGCUACAAUUCAAAUACCAUGACCACGAGGAAAUUACUAGGUAUCUCCGAGCGGUUUCGGCUAGAUACCCGGCGCUCACUGCCUUGUAUUCCAUUGGCAAGUCUGUACAAGGCCGUGACUUAUGGGUGAUGGUAGUCUCAGCUUCCCCAUACGAGCAUAUGAUCGGCAAGCCGGAUGUCAAAUAUGUUGCUAACAUACACGGCAACGAAGCCGUGGGUCGCGAGCUGUUGCUACAUCUUAUACAGUACUUGGUGACUUCUUAUGAUACGGAUUCAUAUAUAAAAUGGUUGUUGGACAAUACGAGGAUCCACCUGAUGCCGUCUAUGAAUCCGGACGGAUUCCUUAUAUCCCGAGAAGGCCAGUGUGACACCAUCCAUGGCAGACACAACGCCAGGCGGUACGACCUCAACCGGAACUUCCCAGACUUCUUCAAGGCGAACACGAAGCAACCGCAGCCGGAGACGGACGCAGUGAAGGAGUGGAUCAGCAAGAUCCAAUUCGUGGUGUCGGGAUCACUGCACGGCGGCGCCCUCGUGGCGUCUUACCCAUUUGACAACACGCCUAGUGCCAGAAUCUGCCGGUCAUCUGUAUUGUGCUCGGUCUUCCAAAGCUACGCGCACACACCGUCCAUUGCGCCUGACGACGACGUGUUCCGGCACCUGGCGCUCGUGUACUCUAACAACCACGCCAAGAUGUCCCGCGGCGUGUCUUGCAAGUCCGGCUCGCAGCGGUUCGACAACGGCAUCACUAACGGAGCCGCGUGGUACCCGCUGACAGGCGGAAUGCAAGACUACAACUACUUAUGGCAUGGUUGUAUGGAAAUCACAUUGGAAAUUUCAUGUUGCAAAUAUCCACCGGCACACGAACUUCCCAAAUACUGGCAGGACAACAAACAGUCGCUGAUAAAGUAUUUAGCAGAGGCACACCGAGGAGCGCAUGGCUUCGUCAUGGACGAGAACGGCAACCCCGUAGAGCGCGCGUCCGUGCGCGUUAAAGGCCGUGACGUCACGUACCACACAACCAAAUAUGGCGAAUUUUGGCGCAUUUUGCUUCCUGGCACAUACAGACUUGAGGUUUCGGGAGAAGGUUAUUUGCCUCAAGAGGUAGAGUUUUUCGUGAUAGACAGCCAUCCCACAUUGUUGAAUGUAACCUUGCACUCAGCUAAGGGGCACGUGCAAACCCGGGGCGACGCGCCAAAGCGAGCAAAACUCACCACCUCCACAACCGCUGCACCAAGGGACCUAAACCUGACUAUCGCUUUUCCUGAAGAUUAAAUUUAAAUAUUUUUAUAGAUUACAAUUUCAGAUUAUUAAUUAAUAAUUAAUUAACGAUCUUGAAAAUUAUAUUUAUACAAAAUUUUUAAAACUACUUAUAACCACAGUAUAGAUAUUAUUUUCACAUUAUAAAUCUUUGCCUUCAUAUUAUAAAACUAGCUUUCCUUAAUACUUAACUUUCGUAUUAGGUAUAAUAUACGCAAAUUAUAUCUUGUCUACUUAUAUAAUAAUUAAUAACAAAUUAAUUUAGUGAAGUCAAUAGAAUUUUACUUAAUUUGGUUUUAAUUAUACUAGUUUAAACUUUUAAAUAACAAUAUUGAAGAAGUCUUAUUUAUAUAACUAAAUUAAAUAUUAAUUAGGUAUUUUAUGUUUUAAUAACCACAAAACUCGCUGUACAAUAAAAUAAAAUUCCGUGAUAUAUGGUAAAAGAAGUGAGAUUAGAAAAUAUAGUUCAUUUAUUACUACAAUAUACGUAAUUAUUAUUAUCGCCUGAUGCAUGAUAUAGGUUUUAGAAUGUACAUAGAUAUAUCUAAUAUUUUAUUAAGCACCUCUUGCAUUGUAUUCAAUAGUUAUUAAAAUUUUUAAAAGAUGUUGUCUUUUUUGAAUUCAUAAUUUAAAUACGACCGGUAACCUCUACCGUUCGUAUUUAAAUUGUGUUGUAAAAAAAGAGUGCUGUAAAAACCUACUCUAGUAAUUUCGUAAAAAUACUGAAAAACAUUUAAAAAGUUAAGGACUAAGUUAAAAAGAUUUUUAUUUCGAUGAUAAUUAUUUAUCCACAGGAAUGUACCUUCGUGAUAUAUUUAUAAUAAUAACCUUAACAAUUUACUGAUUUUUCAGUAGUUAGGUUGAUUUUUUCCCGAAUUGUAGUUCUCAAAACUACAAUUUGGAAAUGAUGUCUAAUGUUUUCAUAUUGCCUAUCUCAGAUUAACUGUUUAUUUUAAUAUACUAAUAUCGAAUUUAAAAUUUACUGUACUAUUAUAUAUAAUAAAUAAUAUAAUAUGACUGUCUCAAAAUUAAUAUAUUCGUAUAAGCCUUUGUUGAUAAGUUUGAUAUCUAUAACGUUUAUUAUUUACUGUCGAAUAUUUCAUUGCAGAAAAUUUAUAAUUUAUGGUUGCAUUAAGUUAAUAUAUAAUAAUAUAAAGUCCUCAUGAUCAGAGUUAAAGAAAAUGAGUUUUAUUAUAAUUACUAGGUACUUAAUAUUAAUUAUCUGUUUUAACAAGUGGUAAGUAAUAUAAUGUACUUAUUAAUGCAUGUGUCUUAUAAUAAAUGAUAUAUAUAAUACAAUAAUAUAUUGUUCUACAUUUUUUCUCAUUUAUGAUUUAUUACAAAGGCAUGCUUUUUAAUUGAUUUAAAUAAAUUAUUUGUAAAUAUUUGCUUCGCUAAAAUAAUAAUAGCAGGCCAUCAGUGGUUUGCUUUUAUGAAACUUUUAGUUUAGUUGUUAUGGUAAUUUAUUUAUCAUUAGAUUUUUUUAUUAAUUUUGUAAAUAGCAUCAAUGACCAUCUUAUAUAUUUUGGUUUCUGAAUAAUUAUUUGAAUUUCAAUAUCAUAAUAUAUAACCAAAGAUACACACUUAAACCACAAUCGCUAGAUAACUGUCGAUUGUUGAAAUGUUGAAAUGAAAACAUCCAUUUGGAUCAGCUUCCACCUUCACACAUGAAGUAAAAGUAAAAUAAAUUUAACUACAUAUAUUGUAAAUUAUAAUAGGCUGUAAUAAAUAAGCCGUGAUAGCCUAGUGGAUAUGACCUCUACCUUCGAUUCGUAGGGCGUUGGUUCGAAUUCGGUCCGGGGCAUGCACGUCCUCUUUUCAGUUAUGUGCAUUUUAAAAAAUCAAAAAUAUCACGUGUCUCAAACGGUGAAGGAGAAAAUAGUGAAAAAACCUGCAUACAAGAGAAUUCGCAUUUGGUCAGCGUGGUGGACGCGUGCUCAACAGUGAGCCUAAAAUGGGUUGUUAAUGAUGUAAUUAUAAUAACAUAUGACUUUUUUUUAAAAACCAACUAAGUUUACUUGAAAUAAAUUAAUUUUGAUUUAGAUAUUUAGACACAAAAAAGGUCUUCCUAAGUAUGCACCAAAGGAUUAAUGUAACAAUUAAAUAUAAAAAUUAUUAUGUGGUUGACAGCGAUAGUGAAAACUCACUGACAAAAUAUUUUUUUGUACAAAGCCUAAAUUUGAAUUGUUUUGUGUAUCUUUGGUUAUAAUACUAACGCUUGCUGAUACUAUACUGAAGCCUAACUGGAUAUAGAAUGUUUAUCAACAAACAAAUAAAAAAUUAAAGUAGAAAACGCAUGGUAUUUCACACCAAAUUUAUAUAAAAUGAUAUUGUAACUAGCGGACACCUGCGAGUUCGUCCGAAAUUUAGUUUUUCGCAAAUCCCUCGGGAACCAUGGAUUUUUCGGGAUGAAAAGUAGCCUAUGUGGUAAUCAUGUAUGAAAUAUAUUUUCAUUUCAAUUUUCAGCCAAAUUGGUUCAGUAGGUGCGGCGUUAAAGAGUGACAAACAUCUAAACAAACAUCCAAACGAAACAUCAAUACAAACAUCCAUACAAAGUUUUGCGUUUAUAAUAUUAGUAGGAUGAUUUUUAAUACAAUGUAAUACAUAUCUCUAAUUAUAUUUAGACAUAUUAUAUCUCUAAUUGUCCUAAGCUUAUUAAUAUUAUUUUCAUUAAUUUAUGAACAAGUUAAUAAAAAUUAUUAUUAGGUGUAAAAUGUUUAUCAAUUUAUACUAUUAUAUAUAUUUUUAACUUAUUUGUUGAUAAAAAUUCCACAUCGAGUUUGGCUUAAUAGUCCAGGAUCUGGGGAGCAACAACAGCGGGUUUUUUUGAUGAUCUCGUUAUUGAUGCAAGUUGGCAGGAGGAAAGUUCGUCAAAAUUGUUACUAACCAGCUGGUUUUUUUUUUACUGUAGCUUAAUUAAGCUUUCGUAAAUAUAAAAGUUGACCGUCUCACUAAGAUGACACGGAAAAUUAAGUUGAUAGUAACCAACUGUAAAAAUGCUCCCCGGAUCCUGGCCUAUAAGUAUAGUCUAUACUACAGCCUUUCAUGAUGAGUACUGUUUACCAACAAACAAAUUAAAUAUGAGGGUAUACAUCACUAGUAAUUUCACACCUAAUAAUAAUUAUAAUCGACUUAUUCUUAAAUUAAUGAAAAUAAAUUUGAUUAUAAAGCUUAGAACAAUUAGAUAUGGUUAACCAUACAUAAUUUAAAAUAAAUAAGUUAUGAUAUGACAUGCGUUUUCUACCUUCAUUUCUAAUUUCUUUGUUGAUAAACAGUACUUUUUUUUUUU